AUGAAGUGUGAUGAGAAAAGACCAAUAUGUUCCAACUGUAUUAGUUCACAGCGACACUGCGAGUUUUUGGAGCCUGUGCCUACUGAGAAGUCUCGCAGUGUUAGAAGUGAAACUGCUACUGCAUCACCCGCUGUUGUAUCACCCGCCGUGACUUCUUCGUCCGCGCAAGAACCUAGCAAUAAUCCCGAAGAUGCUCCCGUUAAUAUGCUUCAUGUGGAGCUUGUUCACAAUCUCUGUUCAGAGGCUAUGAGGUCAUUCCAUCUUUCGAAUAUCCCGUUUCAAGAUAUCCUGGGGUAUGGCAUUGGUGCGCCAUAUCUUAUGAACGAGCUUUUAUCUCUGAGUUCUUUGCAUCUCAGCAUAAUUAGACCGGAACAACGGGAUUUCUACCGGCACCACUCUACCCAACUGCAGAGUUACGCACUGAGCUCAUUCAACAGCUCAUCAUCGCAAAUCAAUGACGAAAACUACGUUGCAAUUUUCCUAUUCGCUGGCAUUCUCGGGCUUCACAUGUUGUGUGAGACACUAGUCUAUCGCGGCAAUGAUUUUGAGGAGUUUCUUGACCAAUUCGUUCAGUAUGUCGUGUUACACUAUGGGGUACGCACUGUCGCAGGCGGGGGGAGAUGGCAACUUUUAAAACAAACAGCAUUGAAACCGAUCUUGAAUCUCGGAGCAAGGAUUCCUUCGGAGAAUGAAAGUCUAGGCCCCGUUUGCCAUGUGCUUUUGGACCGCAUCAAAAGCCUUGGUCACAAUGACACUACCACAAAAACAUAUGAACAGGCUAUCCAGGCCUUGCAGUCCGUCAUCACUGUGCUGAAUAGACCAGUUCCAGAGGACAACAGUGUAGAUGUUCUCAUUGCAUGGCCGAUACUUGUCCCUCGCGAAUACAUCGAUCUAGUUUCACAGAGGAAAUGUGAGGCUUUGGUCAUCUUGGCGCAUUUCGGCGCCCUCGUUGAUACCCACAAACACUCAUGGGUAUUCUGUGAUGGCGGCAAGUAUCUGGUUGACUCAAUCACUCAGUAUCUUGGACCCCAGUGGGAAGAAUGGCUUCAUUGGCCACGGCAAUCGCUGGUGGUGCCAAAUCCUGUAUAA